GCCAUUUUGUUUAACGCUGAUUUCUAGUUGAAAUUCAAGAGGUUGCGGUACAAAAGCCAAGGUGGGUUUCGUUUAAUAGGAGUUUGUAUAAUCAACUAUAGUGAUCACACGCUUUUGUCGUCGUUAUGCGGAAUUCCCCUUACUGUCAACAACAGACCGAGCCAUGUUCCGCACUAGGCUCGUGAAGAUGGACGACGUCGACAGUAUGACCCUUUUGCAUACCGUCAUUGUAGUUGGUGUAUUCAUCUUUCUCAAUGUGAAUUUCACAGAAGCUGGAGAAGAAAUUCUUUUACGGGCAAGUGCACAAGAAGUAGCCUGGCAGACAGACCUGACCUUAACGUGCAGCAUACCUCUUCCUCCAAAACAUGUUAAAAACGUAAUGGUUGGUUUUUAUAUAGACCACAACAAGCCUCAAAACAUAUGCAUGUUUGAAAAAUCUCAAAACGGCAUAUGUCACGGCGACCCUGUGGGUAUAAAGGCUGCUUGCAUUUGUCCAAUCCAGGACAAUUCUAAAUGGGCGAACUAUACUGUGACUAUACGGAAUAUAGAAGCACAUAUGACGGCAUUUUGGUGUGGAGCAUAUGCUAUGAAUGGAAGACCAAGUGAUAUGACAAAGCGCAGCAAUGUUGUUGAGGUCAAAAUCUUAUGUAAGUUAUUAUUUCUAUUUAAAAAUUGUACAUGCAUAUACACGCACACGGCUCCGUGUAUUUUCACCCUAACAUCAGUCGCACACCCAGAGUCUCUUUGUUCCAUUCGCCCACUAUUCAACUGUUCUAUUCAAGACAAUUAACGUGCACGUUCAGAGCAAGCUGUUGUAACGCACGCCUGUCCUGGGCACAAGCACCAGCCUCAGCCAGCUCCUCCGUCCAGGACAGGAAAGGUGUGGGGUGGGUAGCAGAAGGGACUUACAAAUAAUACUAAUUAUAAAUAAUAAUUCUGGCACAAUUUUAAACUGGCAGUCUAAAUAAAAACUUAAUUAUUUUAAUUAAUUUAGCCCUUGUUGGGAGGGAAGAGGAGGUUAAUUGAGGAGGCAGGGCUCGAAACUUGCCAAAAAAUAUGGUGGCCCAAAACAAAUAUCUGGGCCACUAAAAUUUAAUUUUCAGUGGCACAAACUUGCUUUAGGUAGCCCAAACACGAAAUAUUCAUAUUUCAGGUUUUAAGCGAAAUAUGUAAGUAAAUAAGCAUGUGAAAGGUGCUUCUAAGAUAGCAAA